GUGAGGCUGUUUCCUCGGCCUGCGGGGGGAUGGGCUGCCGCUUCCCCAAGCUCCGAGAGCACAGACUUUCACUGAGACUUGGAUAGCAGGAUCCAGCCCGUGAGGCUGUCUUGCCCGCCCUGAGGGUUGCUGUUGUUUUGACCAGCUCUUUGCAGCGGAGGCCCCAGGCAGUAACUUUCACCCGGACCUACAGGCUCUCUGCAGCGGAAGCCCCAGGCAGUAACUUUCACCCGGACUGGGACUUGGGUAGAAGACCCUGAGGGUUGUUGUUCCUCAGACCCUGCUCUCUGAGCCCGGCACGGCUGCCGCUUCCGGGAGCCUUGGACUCUGCGCUCCUACCCCUGAGGUCCGAGGGAUCUUGGGUUCUGGCUUUUAAGGGGAGCCAUACCUUUUGAACCGGGUCCAGGUCCAGGAGGAGGGUUCCCAGGGUCUGUGCUGUUGAUCGUUUUGAAUUUCGGUGCCUUAGGAGCUUCUAGUUUGAGAUCGGUCGGGAAGGGUUUUCCGGAGAUCUGAACUUCAGCUUUCUCUAAGCCGCCAUCUUAACCGGAAGUCCCAAGGUUUUCAUUCUUGAUUCUCUACCCUUCAGCUCCUAUCCAGACCACAAUCCCUUCAAGAAUUUCCUCAGCUCCUUCACUACUGACCAAUUCCUCAGGUACCAUCACAUAUUUCUGACCUGUUUCUUGGGUAGUCUUAAUUGAAUUGGUCCCUUGGGAAGCUGACUCUAAGAUGAGGAGGUGGGAGUUGUAGAGCAAAAUUGUGGUGGAGGUGGGAGUGGGGAAGUGAAAGAGCUCUUCUUAUAGAUGCAUCAUUGGGAGUCAGUUUGGUGUUUUCCUUCCAGUAAAGAAUAAGCCAACCUUCAUUGGGUGUCCCUGGGUAAGCUGAUGGAUGUCAGAAUGUUUCAGUGAAUAGGGCAUCCAUCUAAAAGUCAAAAAGAAAAAAUAACCAUCUGUAAGAUCUAGUUUGAAAUUUCUCCUUUGACACUAGCUAUGGGACCUUGGGCACAUCCCUGAAUCCUCCCUGGACUUCAGUUUCCUCACCUGUAAGAUCAAGGGGUUAGAUGUGCCAUUCCAGAUCUAAACUGACAAUCCCAUGAUCCUCUAUACCCAACUCUCAACCAUGAAGGUUUCUCUCCUUCCCAUACAGCAUCUGGCAGGUUUAGCCUGGAGUCUUUUACCCUGAACUUCACAAUCACCAACUUGCUCUGCACAGCAGACAUGGGAGAGCCAGGUUCCCAAAAGUUCAACGCCACUGAAAGAGUCCUAGAGCACCUGCUCAGCCCCUUGCUUGAAAACAGUAGCCUUGGCUCUGACUAUUCUGGAUGCAGGCUGACCAUGCUGAGGCCCGUACAGAAUGGGACAGCAACCGAAUUCCUGUGUGGCCACUGGAAAACUCCCGCCACCCCUAGCCUGGACAGGAAGAAGAUUUACUGGGAGCUGAGCAAUCAGACCCAAGGUAUCACCAGGCUGGGUGCCUAUACCCUGGACAAUAAGAGCCUCUAUCUCGAUGGAUACAGCUAUCAGAUGAAUCUUUCCUCCUCCACAAGUGCUGGAGGUCCCAACUUUGAGCCUUUCACACUGAAGUUCACCAUCACCAACAUGAGGUACACAGCAGACAUGGGGGAAAGGGGCUCCAGCAUAUUCAUCUCCACUGAGAGAGUGCUGCAGCGCCUGCUCAGUUCCUUGUUUGAAAAGAGCAGCCUUGGCUCUCAGGAUUUUGCAAGCAAAUUGACCUUACUGAGGCCUAUGAAGGAGGGAAGAGCAACCCUAGUUCAUUUCACUUGCAUCCAUCGGAGAGAUCCUUCCAGCCCUGUCCUAGAUAGAGAAAAAAUUUACUGGGGGUUGAGCUAUCUGACCUGGAGCAUCACCAGGCUGGGCCCCUACACAUUAGAGAAGGAUAGCCUCUACCUCAAUGAUUACAAUCAUUUGGCCAUGGCCCCCACCAAAAUGCGUGAGUGUCUCUAUUGGAAAGGGAAUAGUUACUUCAUUUUACCCUUCAACUUCAAGACUGAUUGGAUUUCCUGGUGAUAAUGACAAUAAUACCAUUCAUAUAUUAUUUAAUAUGUUAUUUCAUUUGAUCCUCAAUAAAACCCUGGGAGGUGGGUGUUAUUGUUUUCUGAAUUUUCCAUAUGAGGAAACUGAGACCGAGAGACAUUAAUUUCAGCUAGCAAGUACAGGAGGCAAAGUUCAUACUCAGGUCUUCCAAACUCCCAAAUCCAGCACCCAAUUUACUCUGCUGUCCUUAAUUUCAAGCCUCUCAUUCUCUUUGAGCCCCAGUUUUCCUCAUCUGGAGAAGGAAGGAAUUGUAUUAAACAGCCACUGAGGUCUAUCUCAGCUCUAUAUUUAUGACCCUAACCUUCCUAUUAAGCCAGGAGAAUAAGGAGAGCAUGUAGUUUCCUAAAGAUCGGAGCAGAAAAAGAGUGGAUUGUUUCAUACACUUAGUGUCUCUUUGUCUCAUUCUCUUUUUCCCAUGCUGAAAGCUUCCUAUUCUCUCAUAGCAUUUCAGAGAGGUCUCUCCUCCACGGAACAGAUCUGUCUCCCAAGUGACCAGGUCCAACAAAUGGGAUUCUGUUUCAUUGGGUCAUUCACCCCGAACUUUAUUUUUCUCUUUUGCCAUGUUGGGCUCACUCUCCCAUGUUGUCCACUUUUUGGAUUCCGGGUUAUAAUGAAUGAAGUCCAGUCCUACGCAGUGUUAAUAAGUAUGUUCAUACUCAUUUGAAUCCUGGGUUCAUUCCCCUAUUUGACAACUGGAGUUAGGCCCCAAUGUGACUGUGUGAGCUAGUCAAAGACCUUAUUAUCCAAGCCCCUGAUCCUGAAUGACAUCCUUCAGAAGUGAUGAGGAAGGAAUCCAAGAAGUGGCCUUCGCAGCUUUGGGGAAGUAGUGAGAAAGACUUCGGACACAGCAGGAAGCCUUUUAAUGGAUGUUAAAUGACCACUUUUCUAGGAUGUUCUUCAGCCACAUGUGUUUUGAGCAGCCUUACAGCUUUGAAAUUGUACAUUUUGGUGAUUCUGUGAAGAAAAGACUCCAGUUAAGGAAAGGGGACUCUAGAUCUUUCUAGACCCUCUUGCCUCAGAGCCAUGGCCUUUUGCUCUAAUAUUUCCUCUUCUUUUACUAUAAAUUGGAUGGAGAUGACAAGAUAAACUGUCUUCAAAGUCAGUAAAUUACUCAACAAACAUGUGUUAAGCUCCAACUAUGUAUCAGCUACUCUGUCAGGUGAUGGGGGUGUAGAGUCAAAAUAAAAGGAAGCAAUCCUUCUCUAAAAGCAUUCACAUUUUAUUGUGAGGGAUAACAUCUAUAUGUGCAUUGAUGGGUGUGUAUGAUACACACACUUAUGUAGCCCAAAUUCAAAAGUCAAUUCAAGUUUGAUGGAAGAGUGUUAGCAGUUGGUAAUAAUCAGAAAGGAAUCCCUUGCAAGGUGGUUUUGAAGGAAGAAAGAGUGAUUCUAUUGAAGAGGUAAGGAACAGUGCAUUCUAGGCAUGAGUUGGGGUCAAUGAAAAAGAAUGGAGAUGAGAAAUAUAGUACCCUAUGUGAGGAACAGAGAGAGUCUUGUUUGGCCAGACCAUAGGGUGUGGGAAGGAGAAUAGGGCAUCACAAGGCAAAAGGUGGUAGUUUAGGGCCAAGUUGCUAAGGGUGCAAAAAUGAUUCUGGAGUCAGCAAAUCUGGGAUCAAAUCCUGCCUCUGACAUUUAUGACCACUGUGGCCUUAGGCAAGUCAUGGGAACUCUCUAGGUCUCCAUUUCUUCUUCUAUAACAUGAGGGUGUUGGACUUGAUAGACUUUGAGAGCCCAUCUUGCUCCAGAAUGUCUUCUAUUUGAUUCUAGAGGUGAUAGAGAACCACUGGAGCUAACUGAAUAAGUGCAUGACAUGGCUAGAUCUUUACUUAAGGGAGCAUGAUAGAGAUCAAGGAUACUGGCAAGUCACAAGCUCACCUCAGCGCUAUGGAACAGAGGAGGAGGAGGAGGAUAAGGAGGAGGAUUCACAGGUUGGAAGUAUUUCUGUCAGUCAUAGACCAGGCACCUCAGCUCCUUUUCUUAUGCCAACCUUCCUCACAGGAGCUUGGGCAUCCAGCAAAGGCACUGGAUCCCAUGGAUUAAAUCAUUUGGUGAACUAGUGCAUAUUGAAUUCCUCUCCUAUAGGGCCCUGAGGUUGUACAGAGCAUCCACAACUGCUCUGAGUUCUCUGCUUUUAGGUACAAGAAAUUUCUGCCCACCUUGAAACAUUUUCCUUUUUUUCCGGUUUUAGCACCAGACCCAGCAGUAGCACCUGGUUGUCCCCUGUGGGCCACAGAGCCUGGAGGCUCCCAAGCUGCUAGUUUAAGCUUCCAGUCUUUCACCACCAUUCCCGAGGUGCUGUACACAGAAGAUAUGCAUCUUUCUGGAUCUGACAAGUUCAAGUUCACCAAAAGAACCCUGCAGCAACCUUUGAAGAAUGGCUCAGAAACUGGAGUGAGUUGCCUGUACACACACAAGAGAAAUGUUAGAAGCUCAUUCAGAGACAAAGAGAAGGUUUACUGGGAUGCAAAAAGAACAUUUCACUAAGCUGGGCUUUUCCUCCUCCCUUGAAAGAGACAGUCUACUCAAUGAUGAGGAGCACAACAGAAUCCCAAGCUCUUUCCUCUAUCCUCAUGCUACUUUCCCCUCCUCCUGCUAAAUUUCCAUUCUGAUUCUGACCUUAAUGUUCUCUCAAAGAAUCAUUAUUUCUCAAUACCCUUUUAUUACACCAAACACAGAAAAUAAACCAUGCCCCUAUCUA